CCUAUCUCAACUGUAACCCAACAACCGCUGGAAAAUAAAGAACUUCUCGAAUAGCCGAGAAGAGUGUCUUCUCUCUACUCUCUCUCUCUUCCUUUCUUGUUUAUCUCCUCUUCCGCUUCUCUUCUUCUCUGGCAAUGGCCGUCCUCCCACGGAGCCCGCCAAAGACCGGCCUCCAUAGCGCGAUCUGGGCCGCCAAACUCGCCUUCCUCAUCGCCGGAAUCUUCUCCAUUGCCGCCUUCGCCAGGAUUGCCGUCCCCUACACCGCCGCCUUCCUCGCUUUUGUCCUCCCCCGCGCCUGGGCCGCCCUCCGCACCUGGCUCGUUCCCCCCUACCUUUUCAUUACCGUCCAUCUCAUCAUCAUCGUCAUCUGGAAGCUCUCCGACCAGAAACACCCCCACUCCUGGCCCGCCGACAAGUCCCCAGACUCCUCUCAACCCCUCAAACCAAAAGAUUUCGGAACUUCACCUCUUCCACGGAAGCCCUCGCCGGAGAUCUGGCCAGAAACGUCCUCCGAUCCGCCGGAAUCCGAUGCGGCGACGCCGGCUCCGGCGAAGGAACCCGGCGAGCCCUCCUCACCGUCGGACGUGUCGUGCCUCACGACGGACUCCGGCGAGAAGUCCACCGCUGUGUCCAUCCUCGACGUCAAGAAAAGCAUCGCGCCCGCGCCGGAGAGCGUCGAACCGGUGGAGGAGGAGGAGCCGGCGGCCCUGGCGCCGGCGCUGGGGGUGGAGAUCGAGGAGAACGACUCGAUGGACGACACGUGGAAGGCGAUCAUGGAGAGGUCGAUGUCGAGGUCCUCCCGAUCGGAGGUGGCGACCGCAAGAGGAAUGAUCAGGGCGGCGCCGGCAGCGGUGGAUCCCGACGAGAUGAACCGCCGGUUCGAGGAUUUUAUAAAGAAGAAAAAGGAUGAGAUCCGGCUUCAGAGGCACGAGUCGGACCUGCGGCGGUUCGAGAUGGUUAACCGCCCUUUAUACUAAUUAAUCCCCAUCUCCUCCGUCAUUACCCUCUCUCACUCCCUUCUCUAUUAUCCAUUAAUUACUCCUUUUAUGAAGAUUAGUGAAGGAGAUCAAAAGGGCAACACGCAUGGAUUACUCUUCUUCUCUCCGUUUCUCUUUUUUUUCACUCGUCGGAUGGAGAGAAGAAGAAACCUAAUUUUCAGGCUUCCUUUUUUGCUUACCGACAUGGAUGGGAGAUAAAGGAUGGAAGUGACUCGUUUGCUGAUAGGACUGGAUGAUGGCUUUGCUGCCGGGGCCGGUGUUCACCUUUUUUUGGUCUUCCACUGGGUAUUACUAGACUACUGUUUGCUAUAAUUGUUUUACGGAUGAUUACCAGCUUACAGCUGUCUUCAUACUGUUUAUAUUUAUGUGGUGCGUGUUGGUGUUUGUGACAUAAAUUUCCGUUGCUGUUGGGUGGAAUGUCGUGUUCACUUCUUAAUAUCAAUGUCUCAUUGCUUUUUGUUAUUAGGUAGAA